AUGACUCGCGCACGUGCAUCUAACGAUAGUACGCGUGGUGAUGGUGGUGGUGCCCCUAUACAUCACCACGAGCGAAGUAACACGAGAGAUCGAGCUGUCACUGGUGUCAGUGCUCAUGCUGGCACCAAUCAAGAGGCCAGGGACCGAAAUGUCCUGCGCCACUCUUCUCAAGUGGAGUCUCCGUGGAUGCCGUCAGCCAGAGAGUUGGAUCGAGUGGCCGGCAUGACCACCGACCCGGUAUCGAAUCCCGUUAUUCGAUUGCAGGAAGAUUUGCCUACCUGA